UGGCUCUCCAAAAUUCAGCCGUGUUUGUCCCUCUAUUCUCUGUUGCUAAGAUUACUUAAUUGGACUGUUGUGAAGCAUUGGGCCUUGAGGGACCAUGGUCAGGGUCAAACUAGGAGUCUCUCUCUUGCUCCUCCUGCUGGCUGUGAAGUGCGCUACGCAGGAAGAAACCAAGACAAACCCAUGUGUUUGUGGACAUCCGGGAAUACCAGGAGACCCAGGCCACAAUGGAAUGCCAGGCCGUGAUGGACGAGACGGGUUAAGAGGUGACAAGGGAGACCAAGGUGAAACUGGCAUUCCUGGACCAACAGGACAGAGUGGCGCCAAAGGAGACAAAGGGGAGCUGGGCGUGGCUGGCCUGGCAGGGGUUAAGGGCAAACGGGGUGAGAAUGGAGAGAGGGGGCCACCAGGCAAGAUGGGUCCUCAAGGAGUCUCAGGGCCCAUUGGCCUAAAGGGCCAGAAGGGAGAGCUUGGGCUUCCAGGACCCAAGGGGCCGAAAGGAGAUAUGGGGCCUCUGGGACCAGAAGGCCAGAAGGGGGAGAUUGGGCUCCAGGGGGACCGUGGCAUCCAGGGGCCGUUGGGACCCCCAGGAAGACCAGGUCCGAAGGGAGACAUGGGCCCCACAGGGUUCAAAGGCAACAUUGGUUACCGCGGGGAGCGUGGAAACCGGGGCGAGCCGGGCGAGAAGGGUGAAAAGGGGGACACAUUCCUCACCCCGAAAAGUGCCUUCUCCGUCGGCCUGACCGAGAACACCAAACUCCCAGCAGCCAACAGGCCCAUUCAGUUCGACAAGGUGAUCUACAACAAGCAGGACCACUACGACCCGCAGACGGGACGCUUCACCUGCGCCGUGGCCGGCGUGUACUAUUUCACCUACCACAUCACCGUCUUCUCACGCAAUGUAAAAGUGGCACUGGUGAAAAAUGGGCUGAAGGUAAUCCACACCACAGACAACUACCAGAGCAGCGAAGACCAAGCUGCCGGUGGGGUUGUACUACAGCUGGAGAAAGGGGACAGGGUGUGGCUGCAGGUGGCAGGGGGAGAGCUCUUCAAUGGCCUGUUCGCUGACGAGGAUGACGAUACGACCUUCUCCGGGUUCCUGCUCUUCGGUGCAGAUUGAGGGUCAAGUCCAGGCGGCUGGGAUAAUUUUUUUCCUUUGACAGUCACAAGAAACAAUGUGUUAUUGUAAGUGCUCCAUGUCCUGAAUUACUUCAGCGUACCGUGUACAUGAUUCUUGGCAUUGACUAAAUCCAUGUUUAAACAGGUUUUUUUUUUGUAAAUUCAUAUUAACUAAAUGAAGAUUACUGUUAAUGUUUUCAUGCUACAGCUGAUUUAUUUUAUAACUCAAGAUAAUUUCUCCUCUGGUGACUCACCAAACUAUAAAAAUA